ACCGGAAGCGACUAUCAUCCGUGAUAUUUGGGGAGACGAACGACAGCUGAGAGCACCUUUCAAUGGAUAAAAACAUCGCCGCGUCCUCUCGAUCUGUUUGACAACAACAGUGGGAGAUUUCGGGAGUUUUAGUGGGAGAAAAACACAAUAGACGGAACUAACGGUAAAAACGAAGUUAUUGGAAAUCACCGUCAUCCAGGUUCGAGCCUGACAGGCAUUGCUAUGCUCCCAGAGUGACCGGAGAUUAGCUGGUGCAGCUACCAGAGCAGGAUGUCAAUAUGGCUGCUCAUCUGCUCGUUCCACCCAGACCUGACAGCUUCCGGCCCUUCUCGCCUGAGUCUCUCGCUGCUAUCGAGCGCCGCAUCGCAGAGGAGGCGGCCCAACGGCCCAAAGGCGAGAGACGGCCUGAUGAUGAUGACGAAAACGGGCCCAAACCCAACAGCGAUUUGGAGGCGGGAAAAUCCCUGCCCUUUAUCUACGGAGACCUUCCGUCCGAAUUUGUGUCCGUCCCGCUGGAGGACCUGGACACCUACUACAGCAACCAAAAAACCUUUAUAGUAUUGAAUCGUGGGAAGGCUAUAUUUCGCUUUAAUGCUACGCCAGCUUUGUAUAUUUUGAGCCCCUUCAAUCCAUUGAGGCGAAUCUCUAUCAAGGUCCUGGUGCAUUCAAUGUUCAGUUUUGUGAUCAUGUGCACAAUCUUGACCAACUGCUCCUUCAUGACCCUCAGCAAUCCCCCGGACUGGGCCAAGAAUGUGGAGUACACGUUCACAGGGAUCUACACCUUUGAGUCCCUGAUUAAGAUCCUGGCACGGGGCUUCUGCGUGGGGAAGUUCACUUUCCUGCGAGACCCCUGGAACUGGCUGGACUUCAGCGUCAUUCUGAUGGCGUAUGUAACUGAGUUUGUAAACCUAGGCAAUGUGUCAGCUCUCCGUACUUUCAGAGUGCUCAGAGCUUUGAAAACUAUCUCAGUCAUCCCAGGGCUGAAGACUAUCGUUGGCGCUCUGAUCCAGUCGGUGAAGAAGCUGUCAGACGUGAUGAUCCUGACUGUGUUCUGUCUGAGUGUGUUUGCUCUGAUCGGACUGCAGCUCUUCAUGGGAAACCUGCGGCAUAAGUGUGUGAAGAUGCCAGAGGUCAAUGUCACUGAAAACCUGACCGCCACGCUGAACUAUAGCACUGGUUUAGAGCUGCACAGCACCUUUAACUGGACAGAGUACAUUAGUGAUGAGAGCAAGUAUUAUUUCCUCCCAGGCCGCAAAGAUCCUUUGCUAUGUGGAAAUUCAAGUGAUGCUGGGCAGUGUCCAGAGGGCUUCACGUGUAUAAAAGCAGGUCGUAAUCCUGACUACGACUACACAAGCUUUGACACAUUCAGCUGGGCCUUCCUCUCACUCUUCCGACUCAUGACACAAGACUUUUGGGAAAACCUCUACCAGCAGACCCUGCGUGCAGCUGGAAAGCCCUAUAUGAUCUUCUUUGUUCUUGUGAUCUUCCUGGGCUCCUUCUAUCUGGUGAAUCUCAUCCUGGCUGUGGUGGCCAUGGCAUAUGAUGAGCAGAACCAGGCCACCAUAGAAGAGGCUCAACAGAAAGAGGAAGAGUUUCAAGCCAUGCUAGAACAGCUAAAGAGACAGCAGGAAGAGGCACAGGUUGCGGCGGCAGCAGCAACAGAGAGUGGGGAGUACAGCGGGAGGGGGGGCUUGUCAGAGGAAAGCUCCUCUGGGGGGUCCAGACUCAGCUCCAAGAGCGCUAAAGAGCGAAGAAACAGGAGGAAGAAAAGAAAACAAAGGGAAGAAGAAGAGAAAGCCGAUCAGGAAAAGUUCCAUAAGUCCGCCUCAGAGGACAGCAUUAGACGGCCUGGAUUUCGAUUCUCCAUCGAUGCCAACCGACUCUCGUAUGAGAAGAAGUGUUCCACUCCCAAUCAGUCUCUUCUCAGCAUUCGUGGAUCUCUCUUUUCCCCAAGGAGGAACAGUCGCGCUAGUCUGUUCAGUUUUCGCGGUAGAGCGCGAGACUUUGGCUCAGAGAAUGAUUUUGCAGACGAUGAGCACAGCACAUUUGAGGAUAGCGACAGUCGCCGCGGAUCGCUCUUCGUACCUCGUUGUAUUGAGAGACGAAGUUCCACUGUCAGUCACUGCAGCCUUGCUCCCAGAAUUAUGCUCCCAGCCAACGGGAAAAUGCACUGCACAGUCGAUUGCAAUGGAGUGGUCUCCCUGGUGGGCGGGACAUCUGUGCCAACAUCACCAAUCGGACGUUUGUUACCUGAGGGCACAACCACUGAGUCUGAGGCACGUAAAAAACGUUCAGGAUCACACCAGCCGUCUGAAUAUCUGGAUGAGACGGUAGCCAGGAAAAGAGCUCUCAGUGUGGCCAGCAUUUUGACAAAUACUAUGGAAGAACUUGAGGAAUCGCGGCAGAAGUGCCCUCCAUGUUGGUACAAGUUUGCCAACAGCUUCCUGAUCUGGGACUGCUGUCCAGCCUGGCUGAGGGUGAAGGAGAUUGUGAACAUGGUGGUGAUGGAUCCGUUUGUAGACCUGGCCAUAACCAUCUGCAUUGUUCUCAACACACUCUUCAUGGCUAUGGAGCACUACCCUAUGACAGAAAGGUUCAACCAUGUGCUGUCAGUUGGGAACCUGGUAUUCACAGGAAUCUUCACAGCAGAGAUGUGUCUGAAGGUAAUUGCUCUAGACCCAUAUUACUACUUCCAAGAAGGCUGGAAUAUCUUUGACGGCAUCAUCGUGAGCCUGAGUCUCAUGGAACUGGGCCUGGCCAAUGUUGAGGGACUUUCUGUGUUGCGGUCCUUUAGAUUGUUAAGAGUCUUUAAGCUGGCAAAGUCUUGGCCCACCCUGAACAUGCUGAUAAAGAUUAUUGGUAACUCAGUUGGUGCUUUGGGAAAUCUAACCCUCGUCCUUGCCAUCAUCGUCUUCAUCUUCGCUGUGGUGGGAAUGCAGUUGUUUGGAAGGAACUACCGUGAAUGUGUCUGCAAGAUCUCAGAUGACUGUGAGUUGCCGCGGUGGCACAUGGACGAUUUCUUCCACUCCUUCCUGAUUGUGUUCCGAGUGCUUUGCGGCGAAUGGAUCGAAACCAUGUGGGACUGCAUGGAAGUGGCGGGGCAGACAAUGUGUCUCAUCGUCUUCAUGAUGGUCAUGGUCAUUGGGAAUCUGGUGGUGUUGAACCUGUUCCUGGCCUUGCUGCUGAGCUCUUUCAGUGCCGAUAACCUGGCCGCCACGGAUGACGACAGCGAAAUGAACAACCUGCAGAUCGCCGUGGGCAGAAUACAGAAAGGUAUCGCACUGGUCAAGUCCACUUUACGCCAGUUCCUCCAAAGCCUCUGCCUGGCCGGCUCCAAACCUCGUGCUCUAGACGAAGAGAAACCCCUUGACGACCUCCACAACGACGGCAAAGAGAACUGCUUGUCCAAUCACACUCCGGUGGUCGUUGAGCUCACUAAAGACUAUCUGAAGGAGGGCUGCUUCUCCCCUGGUAAUGGAGUGGAAGGUCACGUAAAGUAUGGAAUUGAGGAAGGCGGCUACAUGUCGUUCAUACACAAUCCCAGCCUCACUGUUACAGUACCGAUUGCGGUGGGAGAGUCGGACUUUGAAAAUCUGAACACGGAAGAUUUCAGUAGUGACUCAUCUGAUGUCGAGGGCAGUAAAGAGAAGCUGCCUAUUGAUGCGGUUCUCAGUUCCUCAGAAGGGAGCACAGUGGAUAUCCGACCCCCUGGAGAGGGGGCGGAGUCUGUGGAGCUGGAGCCGGAAGAGUCCCUGGACCCAGAGGCCUGCUUCACAGAAGGCUGUGUGAUGAGGUUUCAGUGCUGUCAGGUCGAUGUGGAGAAGGGAAAAGGGAAGAAUUGGUGGAUUCUCAGGAAAACCUGCUUCAUCAUUGUAGAGCACAACUGGUUUGAAUCCUUUAUCAUCUUUAUGAUAUUACUCAGCAGUGGAGCAUUGGCUUUUGAGGACAUUUACAUCGAGCAACGUAAGACGAUAAAGACAGUGUUGGAAUAUGCAGAUAAAGUCUUCACAUACAUCUUUAUUUUGGAGAUGCUUCUGAAGUGGGUUGCUUAUGGCUUCGUCAAAUACUUCACCAAUGCCUGGUGUUGGCUUGACUUCCUGAUUGUUGAUGUGUCGUUAGUGAGUCUGGUAGCAAAUGCUCUUGGUUACUCUGAACUAACUGCCAUUAAGUCCCUGAGAACACUGCGUGCUCUUAGACCUUUGAGAGCAUUAUCACGCUUUGAGGGAAUGAGGGUUGUAGUAAAUGCCCUGCUGGGAGCCAUACCUUCCAUCAUGAACGUGCUACUAGUGUGUUUGAUCUUCUGGCUGAUCUUCAGCAUCAUGGGGGUGAACCUUUUUGCGGGAAAAUACUACCAUUGUUUUAAUAUCACCAGCGAUAAGAUGUUUCCCAUCAGUGUGGUCAAUAACAAGUCUGAUUGCUUUGCCUUGAUUGCAAACAAUGACUCGGCGCGCUGGAAAAAUGUGAAGAUUAAUUUCGAUAAUGUGGGAGCUGGAUACCUGGCGCUACUGCAAGUGGCCACAUUUAAAGGAUGGAUGGACAUCAUGUACGCAGCUGUGGAUUCUCGUAAUUUGGAGCAACAGCCUGACUAUGAAUCAAACCUUUACAUGUACCUGUACUUCGUCAUCUUCAUUAUCUUCGGCUCCUUCUUUACUCUUAACCUCUUCAUUGGUGUCAUCAUUGAUAACUUCAAUCAACAGAAGAAAAAGCUAGGAGGUCAGGAUAUCUUUAUGACAGAAGAACAAAAGAAAUAUUACAAUGCCAUGAAGAAACUGGGAUCUAAGAAGCCUCAGAAGCCAAUUCCCAGGCCUACGAACAAGUUUCAAGGCCUUAUCUUUGACUUUAUCACCAAACAAGCCUUCGACAUUGUGAUUAUGAUCCUGAUCUGCUUGAACAUGGUGACCAUGAUGGUGGAAACCGACGACCAGACAAAGGAGAUGGAUGAUAUUCUGUACUGGAUAAACCUGGUUUUCAUCAUCCUCUUCACUGGAGAAUGUGUGCUCAAGAUGAUCUCCCUGCGGCACUACUACUUCACCAUUGGCUGGAAUGUGUUUGACUUUGUUGUGGUGAUUCUCUCAAUUGUUGGCAUGUUCCUCUCUGAGAUGAUUGAGAAAUAUUUCGUAUCGCCAACAUUAUUCCGAGUCAUCCGACUUGCCAGAAUCGGCCGCAUUCUUCGACUCAUCAAAGGAGCCAAAGGCAUUCGUACACUACUGUUUGCCUUGAUGAUGUCACUUCCUGCCUUGUUCAAUAUUGGCCUCCUCCUGUUCCUGGUCAUGUUUAUCUAUGCCAUCUUCGGAAUGUCCAACUUUGCCUACGUGAAGCACGAGGCGGGGAUCGACGACAUGUUUAACUUUGAGACAUUCGGGAACUCGAUGCUUUGCUUGUUCCAGAUUACGACUUCAGCAGGAUGGGACGGCCUCCUGGCACCCAUCCUGAACAAGCAAGAUCCGGAUUGCGACAGCGAAUUGGAGCACCCGGGCAGCAUGUACCGUGGCAACUGCGGAAACCCCUCGGUCGGCAUCUUCUUCUUCGUGAGCUACAUUAUCAUCUGCUUCCUGAUUGUGGUGAACAUGUACAUUGCCGUGAUCUUGGAGAACUUCAGCGUAGCCACAGAGGAGAGCGCUGAACCACUGAGCGAGGACGACUUUGAAAUGUUCUACGAAGUCUGGGAGCGAUUUGAUCCCAACGCCACACAGUUCGUGGAGUACGACAAGCUUUCUAACUUUGCGGAUGCUCUGGAUCCUCCGUUACGUAUCCCCAAGCCAAACAAGACCCAGCUCAUAGCCAUGGACCUGCCCAUGGUCAGUGGCGACCGCAUCCACUGCCUGGACAUCCUGUUCGCCUUUACCCUGAGGGUACUGGGAGAGGAGGGCGAGAUGGAUGCCCUGAGGGGACAGAUGGAGGAUCGUUUCAUGGCCUCCAAUCCCUCCAAAGUCUCCUACGAGCCAAUCACGACAACCCUCCGCAGGAAACAGGAGGAGAUGUCGGCCGUCGUCAUCCAGAGGGCCUUCCGACGGUACCGUAUAAGGCAAACGGUAAAGAAGGCCUCCGAAGCCUACCGACAGCAGCUGCAAGAUGGGAGUGUGCGCAUCGCGGAGAAAGAGGUGCUCGUCAUUGGAAAGUUUCAAGAGAACUCUGCGUCGGACAAAACAGAUAUGACUCCCUCCUCUGCCUCUCCGCCGUCUUAUAACAGCGUGGCCAAGUCAGAGAAAGACAAAUACGAAAAGGAGAGGAGAGAAAAGGAGGACAAAGCAAAAGAUGCAAGAGACAGAAAAAAAUGAACGAGGGACUGAAACAGAGACUGUUCUUUUCAACUGAGACACUGUUUACAGAGCGGAGCGCAAGCACCGGGGUGCAAUUCACCUCAAGCGGUUUUGGAACUAAUGCCAAACUGAGUGUGUGUGAGGCGGAGUGUGUGUAUGUGCGUGUGUCUAGACUAUUGUGUGCGUGCGCACCGAGCUAGCCUUAGGGUGCAUUUAUGGUGUUGACGGAAAGCGUUGAUUCGAGGACAGUGCCAGUGUCGACACGACGAACACACACACACACACACACGCUUGAGUAUGAUUGUUGAAUCCCUAAGGACGCUGGUGUGAAACAAAAUGGCAAGUAUAGAGUGGUGUGUGAGUUUGUCUUUUAGUUUUGAGUGUUGUUACACAAUCCCGAGGACUGAAAGAAACUAAUGUUAUAGUCAUCAGUAGCUAGUGCUAACACUACCGCUGGUGUCUUUCUUAUUGAAUGGCGUAUUAUAUACCUGCACAUUUUUGUUAUCUAAUUUUUUUAUUCAUGUUGAACUUUUCUACUCCUGGGUUUGAUUGUCUGAACUACUUAAUUUAAGGGCACGUCUGUGGAAGGGGCUAGGGAAUGUCGAUCAUAUCCGGUAGUGAAUUAUCUGAACGGGACCUCAUUUACUUUAGCAUUAGCGUAUACCGAACAAACCACACACACACACACACACACCGGUAGGUUCUAAGUGCUACAAAAUCAAUUGCUCAGUAAGCUGAGAGCAGAAUGCUACUGUACUAAUCAGGACUUUCACACAUAGAAUGUUUUUUUAAUUAUUUAUGGAUGAAGAUGUAGACCAUGUCUGCACUGCCUUACUGAACACAAACACGAAAAUUGAUUAAUUGAACCAUUUGACAUCUUCCACUGUUGAUAGCAGAGUGAGCCAAACUCAGUGUAUUUUGACUCAAACCCGUUGAUGAAUGUUCUGGGUUCAGUGUAUGUUAACCUCAAUUGACAAAAUUUUUGUUACUAUAAGGCACUUAUAAUGGAAGUAAAAGAGGCCAAGCAAAUAAACCUGAAAAUUCACACUGUUUACAGCCACAUGUGUAACAGAACCACAAAACUGUAACAUUAUAUGUUAUAUUAUAGAUUAUAUAUUAUAGAUUAUUUGUGUUAAUAGUGUUAAUAUAAUCACUUAUCUAAUCUUGUCUGUUAUCUUUCAACUCUGUUGUCGUGACAACGCCUGUUAAAGCCUUUUGCACAAUAUCUGC